CUAACUUCACAAGUUUUAUUGAUGUUGAUUGAUUAAUUUGUAUCUUGUUUGUUGAAGAACUGGGCAAUCUAUGAAGCGGUCUUAUUAAUUUGUGGAACUUUUCAAGUGUUCCAUUAAAUUAUAAAUAGUGUCGUAAGUUUGAGUGCUAAAAAAUGUGUGGAGGAUUUACUUGUUCUAAAAAUGCCCUUAUUUCAUUAAACGUUCUUUACAUUUUAGUAGCCUUUGUAUUGACUGGUGUUGCUGUAUAUGGAAGGGCAGCAUCUUUGGUGACCAAUUUGCCCAUUGUGGGAGGCAUUCUAGCAUGUGGAAUAAUACUUUUUCUAAUUUCUUUACUUGGACUGGUUGGUGCAGUGAAGCACCAUCAAGUUAUGUUAUUCUUUUAUAUGGUAAUUCUUUUCCUUUUGUUUUUAAUCCAGUUUUCAGUUGCUUGUGCAUGCUUGGGGGUUAAUAUGGAACAACAGCAGCAAUUGGCAGAACAGGGUUGGGGACGUGUUGAUAACAGCACGAAAGCUAAGGUUCAGCAAGUGUUCACUUGUUGUGGAUUUGAUAAGGAAAUUAAAUCAAACAACUCUAAAAUGGGACAUCCAAGUUGUGAGUCAAUUGAGCCAAAAUGCUGCCCUGAUCAUGAUCAUAAUCCCACCUGUGAAUGUGACUCUUGUAUGAAUAAGCUACAGAAGACAAUUAAUUAUGCUUUUAAACUAUGCGGUUGGAUUGGACUUUUCUUCAGCUUUACUGAGUUUUUGGGUGUUUGGUUAACGGUUCGCUAUCGUAACCAGAAAGAUCCUAGAGCCAAUCCGAGUGCUUUCCUCUAGUUUCUUCUCAUCUAAUAAACUUGUGAUUGUAGGCCUGAUUCUCACAAGGCAUUACCGUAAUUUAACAGAUCCAAAGAAAGAGAAGUUAGCAAGAGCUGUCUUUCCAAGCCAUAAUUUCACGUAUUAGUCUAGUCGCUUUCAUGACCCUCUUUGACCAAAGAACAACGCAGUGAUAAACACUACUAUUUUAUCUUAUAUACAAUUAAUUAACUAAUUUAUUAUCUUAGGACUGCUCUUUAUAUUAUGUUUUUUGUCUGAUAAAAUAAAUAUAUACAUAAUCGUAGCCUGUAGUCGUGUAUAUAGGUGCUAAAAACUCAUAUACACAUAAAUUAUACGAGAAUAUUGUGAUUUGUGUGAUAGUAGUAAAAUUACCCUAUCUUCAAAUAUAUUUAUAUGUGUAUGUAGAACAAUUAAGUAGUAACUGUUCAGAGAAACUUGAUUGAAAUGUAUUUUUGUAUAUUUUGUUAAGCACUAAAGUAAGUGCUUAUAAUUUUGCGUAAAUUCUACAUUUUUCUGUGAGGAAAGACAAAUAAUAUAAUUAGCAAAAUCCUAUAUACUAAAGAAUUCAUUUAAAUGUAAUUAAAUUACUACAAAAGUAAAAUAUAUUAUGUAGUACACAUAAAUUUUUUGUUUUUCCGUUUUUAAUGGAUUCUAAUUCAUAUGCUCUUUAUAAUAUGUAAACCGGUGCUGUUAUUUAUUUUUUAUACCAUCAGUAAAUGAAAAUAGGUGAAAGUAAGAAAUUCGUAUCUCCUAAUAGAAAAUAUAUUAGUCGAUUUAUUCAAUAAAUGCAAAUGUACGUAUAGCUGUUUCUAUUUUACUCUAUUGCAUUUGUUAAUUUUGUCUAAUGCAUGUAAAAUAAAUUAUCUUCUCUUCUUGUUACUAACUUUGGCCAAUGUAACAAAGUUUAAUAGCAUCGGCUCAAUAUUAGUCUCAAUUUUAAGGGAUUAUUUUUUAGCUUCAGGCAUUUAAUAUUUGAAAGUUUUCAGGACUUUUCAAUAAUUUUGAUUUCUUACAUUGGUCAAUGAGAUCUUCAGUUGUAAUACCUUCCAUAAUAUUAUAAUUCAAUUAAUUAUAUCAAUGUGAACAUUGUCUACCUAUUUGUGUUCAGUAAUAAAAAAGACAUGAGUAUGUUAACAGAAAUUAUAAAAAGUUGAUUUUUGAUCGUCUGGACAAAUAAUUACAUAGUUUUGUAGAUCUCAUUCUUAUUGCUCAAGAAAAUCUUCCUGACUUUGUGGUGUGUAUUUGAAAUUGUUUUUGUUUAUGUGCAAAAUGUAAUCCAUACAACUGAUAAGAAUUAAUAUAUUGUGCAAAUUUUUUGUUGAUAAUAUCGUAAAUUAGUAGCGUAUAUGUAGAAAUGAGGCUAAAUAAAUACGUAUGUAGCUUGUAAAUAAUAAUAAAGUGUCUGACUGAUAA